AUGGGUAGGGGCGUUCUGGAGGUGCAUCUCGUCGACGCCAAGGGCCUCUUCGGCAGCGAUUUCCUAGGGAAGAUCGACCCGUAUGUGAUCGCGCAGUACCGGAGCCAGGAGCGAAAGAGCAGCACCUCCCGAGAUGAGGGGAGGAACCCGAGCUGGAACGAGGUGUUCCGGUUCCAGAUCAACUCCUCGGCCGCCAACGGGCAGCACAAGCUCUUCCUCCGGAUCAUGGACCACGACAACUUCUCCAGCGACGACUUCCUCGGCCAAGCAACGAUCAACGUGACCGAUCUGAUCAGCACCGGCAUGGAGAGCGGCGCGUCGCAGCUGAACGCGGCGAAGUACAGCGUUGUGUCGGCUGAUAACUCAUACCACGGCGAGAUCAGAGUAGGCCUCACGUUCACCGCCACCAAGGUUGAAGAAGACGGGGGGCAGGUCGGAGGCUGGACGCACAGCUCUCGCGAGUAG